AUGGCGGACGCAGCCCGCCAAUAUCCGGGCUCGAUAGGUGUGAAAAUGGUUUUUGUGGCUGUGAAGCAGAGCCACUGCAUCGAAAUUGCAGCCUAUGCGCGGAACCCCAGAGCUCUCCGCUUGAGCCUCGAGACGAGGAAGCCCCGUUGGUGUGCAGUGAAGGCACGCGUAUAUCAUUGGGGGCUAUUGGCAGGAGGCAGCCCUCUACGUGGUUGCAAGGCCCACUGCCGCGAGCAUCCCUUGGCACUAUCUCAUCUCCCCCCCGGGGCUUCGGCUAACGGGACCCUUGGCUCAAUGAGGUAUGGUGUGACUGGUACUCCCAGGAGGCCUCCCUGGGCCCCUGCAUCUACACUUCUAUGGGGAAUUCUGCAGCUUGUGCUGAUCCUCAGCACGAAGGAAACACAGAGUCACCGUCAGUUCCGCAGUAGGAGACUGCUGGGCCGAGUCUCAACCUCUUUGGACUCUCCACUCGCCUUCCCUCAUGCAGAAGAUCAUGGGAGCCUGGAUGACUCCGUGGAGGUACCACACCUCUCGAGUUCUGCUGGUUCUCUAAGUGAGCACUCACUUCCUCUGACGAGCAGGCCCACCGGCUUCACAGAAGUCAAUGCCAGCCCACAAUCGUCUUCAUCUACGGACUCUCCCAUGAGAAAGCGGCCCCAAGGUACUGGGCGUACCAAUAGGCAGCCUUCAGCCAACAGAGAUACUGACCGCCCAGUAGAAGAGUCCCAACCUCAUGAGGGCGAGCCAGAUUCGCCUGAGGUGCAUGAAUUUUCUCCUUCAGGAUCUAAAGGGCCCCUCCAGACAAAAACUCCCGUAGCCGCAGAAGAAGCUCUUGAUGUCGAACAGUCAGGUACUGAGCCUGCGGAGCUCUCUGAGAGCUCAAGUCACCAAGGUAUACUGGCUGAUUCCGAUAGUAACACAGAGGGCGCCCAGCAAAACUUGAAGGACUCAAGGGUGUCCACUGUUCCGCCGCCGAGGUCAGAUAUAUCCAGCGGUCAGGAAUCAAAAUCUGUGGGUAGUGUACCACAAAGCAAGCCAGUUCUUCCCACAUAUCAAGCUACAUCAAAUGAUGGAGAUGAAGACGAAACACAAGAAGACUCUCUUUCAGGGGCCGCACCUGUGGAGCAGCACGAAGCACCAGAAGGCCUCAAGGGUCCUGGGAACGUCUCUACUAUGCACGAUGAAGUGCCUGAGACGGCACAUUCCCCUCCGAAGACACUUCCAAACCACCGCAAACACACCGAACUUCAGCAAGAGAAACCAACAGAAGAAUACGACCAGGAAGAAACCGCACAAGUCCGCGAAGAAGAACAAACGAAUGCCCAGAUACAUGACUCCACAUUGAACCAUGACGACGAGCUGUUGGAAAGCCACGAACAAGAAGGUGCUUACGGAGGCGCAGGAGAGCCUAGCAACGCUCCUGAUCUGGGGUCUUCUAAUCUCCACCGAAAGGAGUUCUCGCAGAAAGGCUUAAAGGUGGUAGACCCGGAUGAUGUACCUACUGUGGAGGAGCUGCUCCAGCAGCUAUCUCAACCAGUCUCUGCCGCGCAUCAAACAAUUAAAAAGCCUGAUCUAGAUAAAGCUGAUUACGCUGCCUUUAAGCUGCGAGAUCUGGGGCUUUCCGGGCUUGUAUCAGUGGACCCAAAACAGGAGACGGGGGCGUUUGCUAUUUCCGUCGGCUGCGGAUAUUUCCAUGACCCCCCAGAGCUGCCCGGCCUGGCCCACAUGCUGGAGCACAUGAUAUUCUUGGGAAGCGCCUCGCAACCUCAGGCAACUAGCUGGGACGAACUAAUCAACUCAAGGAGUGGGGUGCACAAUGCACACACGAAACCUGAUACCACAACCUUCUACGUGACGGCGCCUACUCAGCACAUUCCGGAGCUCUUAGACGUGUUCCUCCAACAUCUUCUGACGCCUGCACUGCUCCCAGAGCAGGUUCAGUCGGAGGCUAUGGCGCUCCAGUAUGAGCACGAGAAGAACACUCCUGACCUAGAGCGCGUGGCACUCCACAUUGCGCUGAUGCAUCUGCCUGAUAGCGGCACACCGAUAGCCACCUCAGCGGCGAGUAAGCCCCCUGUCUCCGCCAAGUUUGGUACAGGAAGCCUGGAUACCCUUUGCAACAAACCUACAGAAAGUGGCAUCGACCUUCUACAGUCUCUGCGGCACUUUCAUCAGAAGUGCUAUGUUCCAAGCAACAUGUCAAUAGCCAUGAGGAUGGGCAAUCCUCACGCAGACGGAAGUGAACAUUCAUAUCGUUUAUUGGACGUUGUGGACAUCAUCUCUACAAAAUUCUCGCAAAACGUCAAGGAAGCAUCUAAUGAGCCUUCUGGGAAAACAAGGGCAAGCUUUGUGGAGCUUCACAACCCCCUUAGCAGUCCACUCGUCCCAACAAAGAUGACUGAUGAAGAAUCAUCCCAGGAAAUGGACGUCCCUAAUGUUCCCGAAGAAACGAAUAGCGACAAGCUGAACGAAGCCCUAACUACGCAGGCGCUGCCUCAAGGAACCAUUAUUCGUUUGAUGCGUGCCCACGGUUGGAGACGGCGGCUUUUUAUCUUCUGGAGUGCCCCUGCUGAAUUUACCAACAACCUCUUAGAGUUAGAAUGCCAGCCUUCGGCCUUGGUGCAGCAUCUGCUCGAACAUCCAGUGAAGGGAAGCCUUUUGAGUACCCUCAAGCAAAAAGGGUAUAUUACUAGGGGAGAGGCUUUUAAGCACUGGACCCUCCGAAGUUCCAUAACGGGACUAGUUUUGGACACCACAGAAAAGGGGGAAGCAGAACAUCACGCGUUGCUGGGCAUCGUGCGUCAGUUUACCAGCAAGAUGCAGAGCGUUGUGGACAAGCAAUUUGUUCGAGACUUUUUCACGAAUUAUCAUGCCCUCAGUCAGCUUCUUUGGAAGUUCCAAGAUCCCUUGCCUCCCCUAGAGCAAGUGGUGGCCUCUGCAGAGAAUGUGCUGCAGUUCCCAAGUAGACCGGACUUGACGCUGAACACUGGUGUUUGCAUCUCACUUCCCUCGGAAGAGGUAUUGUUUAAGGAGGUGCGUCGCCUGGUGGAGGCAAUGGCCCCGGGAAAGGAAGUUGUUAUAAUGCUGCAGAUGUCUGAGAGCUCCACCCCACAGGAAGCUUAUACUGAGGUAGUUGAGUACGGCGUUCGAUACUUUGUGGAGCACGGCGAUGAGCCUCUUUUGGAAGAAGUUCAGCUAACUUUCCCUCAGCCGCUAGCAUGCAAACUACCGGAGGCGCAGGUGCCUCCUCACCCCCCUCCGUCCGUCUGUGUCUUCACUAGUGCGAGAAUGCCAACCCUCACCCCGGAUAAAUCACCCGAUUCCAAGGACAAGCACACGCCAGUUAGCCCCCCAUGCGCUCUUGUUUCUGACAACGACCUCACCAUACUGUGGCACAACGGAGCUCCAUUUGAUAAAUCAAUUGUUAGGUCGUUUUAUCGGGCUAGGGUUUCGGAGACAGAUGCAACUGCCCAAAACGACGCUCUGGGGAAAAUAUUCUCCCGUAUAUUUGCCGAAUACGCAAAGGUCAAGCUUGCAGCCUAUCAUGGAUGCGGUGUCGACUUAGUUGUCGCGUACACAGGAGGUUCUUUAGUCUUCGAGCUUCAGUCGUUUAGCUCGAUAUUUGAGGAAGUGACGAGAGGUCUGGGAGCAACGUUUCAAGAGACGCUCGCAAAUGUGACAGAAGCCGAGUUCAACUUAGUGGUUGCAAGUCUGAAGGAAGAAACCAGUGACUUUUCUGCUUUGACGUCGUAUGAGUUGGCAAUGGACGUUGCCUUAAGCAUGGUUCGACAGAGUCGGUAUUCACAGUUUGACUUGAAGGAACAACUGCAAUCCCCAGAGCUGACAUAUGAGAACUUCACUACAUUCAUUAGAGGAAGCUUGGGGAAUACUGCCGUGGACUGCUUUGUUAUGGGCGACAUCGACGCGUCGGAUGCUAAGGCCCUUGCGCUUGAGUUCGUGGGCUUGAUUCGUUCGAAGUCUAUUACUUUUGACGAGGCUUCAGGCAGUGAGAUUUUGAAUCUUACGGCGGACGUGGAAGUGGUCCUGAAGAACCCCAUUGUUGGGGAUGUCAAUCAUGCUUAUGUCUCUCUUUACGUGUCGGAGCCUCCGGAUAUACUCGAGUCCGUGCUUUACAGCACCAUAGGAGAUCUGCUUAGGGCUCCCUUCUUCGACACACUUCGCACCAUCAACAUGGACGGAUACGUUGCUUUUGCUUCUGUCACUGAAUUGCCACCAGUGGCAGCGCUAGGCACCAUAGUGCAAAGUUCCCUUCGCAAGCCCGACGAACUGGAGGAACACGUCUGCACUUUCCUCUACGAAAUGGCAAAGAUUAUUGGCUCCAACCUUAGCACGUCAGAUUUUGAACAGCGCCUGCAGUGGAUUGGUCGAAGCAGAUUUGCCCGAGAGCAGUCCAAUUUCGCUGACUUCUUUUCGGGAGCUGUUUCUCAAGUUUCCGCACGAAGCUUCUGCUUCAUUCGGUCUGAGUUUGCGGCGGUUGCCUCCGAGAACUUUGCGCACUGUCCUGUUUCCCUUCACGAGUACUUGCAAAAGCUGGUCAUGGGACCUUCAAGGCGUCGUAUUACUGUAAAGCUGGAGGCAGACGCUCCGGAAAGAAGCAGCUCUGACCAGACUAGUCAGGCGCAGUGUAACCUUCCUGGCCAGCCUCCUCUAGAAACUCCUGCAGAGGCCCCCAUUGGCACUAAGCGCACGCAGCCACUUUCAGAUGGAACUAGUCUGGAGGGGGGAGGAGGUAAACAAAGGAAGGGACUGGUUGAGCAAAGGUCUACAGACGGGCAGCAAGUACACGAGAUUGGCCAGGAAAUGCAGAACGGCCCAGAGCAGAUGAAUACUAAUACAACACCGCUGGAGGUAGACAAUGAUUCUACGGCGGAGCCACUGACGCUCUAUGCAACGAGUGAAACAGCAAUAGCGCCUGUGGGCGGCUCUACGGAACUCACCUUUGGGCCUGUUACUACAACGUUUGGGGCAUCGGGCAGCGCGGCAUUAUCAGAACGUGCUAUGGCUAGUGCUAAGGAAGAAGACGCUGAAGCUCUUCAAUUCUGGAAAUACUGUCAUCUUGCUGUAUGCAGGCCCCGCAAGGUCGUGAAGCUCACCGAGUUCGCCGAAAAGCCGCAGGUGGAGCGGGAACGCCUCUUGGCGUAUCUCAGAGAGCAGCUCAGCAGUGUGGAGAACGACGACCAUAAUGCGUUGUGGACGGGUUUCGAGACUGAUCGGUACUGCACUGUCCGCGAAGCGACAGUGCGGAGAACUGCUACCUGUAACGACUCAAAUGCUCACUCCACAUCCAAAAUUAUUCAGGAGGACGAUACCUGGUCGCAGCUUGCCAGCACCACCGCAGGCACGAAAACGCACCCUGAGGCUGAAACCGCGCAAGAGGCGUCCGAUGCAGCGCAAGAGCAGAGCCAUAUAGCAGCUUCCUUACAACUGGAAACGCAGAGCACGGCUACAGCAAUAGCCGCCAUGUCGUCCUCAGGAGCCUUCUUGCCCCCGCAAGCCUCGACGAUGAAUUUGCCUGAAGCAGGCGUCCAACUGCCCUUACAACAGCAACAGCCAACCCUGUCUCCGGAUGCCAGGCAGCUUGGUAAUGCUGCGUGGGUACAGCAGCAGCAGCAGAAGCUGAUACAACCACGAGUUGCCGAGUUGCGCAGAUUCGGAUCGGUGCCAUCAUUUGUGUUCGGAGGUUCUGCGGGUAAUGCACUGAGCUCGCGCAGUCAGCCUCUUACAGAGGGAGCUUCUUUAAACUUGGUGGAAGGACUGCAGGCAGCGCGGCAGCUUCAAGCUAGGGCACGACAACUACAAAUGCUUCAGUCGCGAAAAGAAGCCAUCCAGCAGGAGAUCAACUUUAUUGAAAAUCGCUUGCUGAUGAAUAGAGCUGCACCUACGACGACGGCUCCCAGAAGUAAUGAGUUAUAA